AAAAAAAAAAAAAAAAAACAUUGAAAGCGUCUCUUCCAGUCAGAGCAGCAGCUGCAGCUUCAGGGAAUUUUUAACUCUACAACAAUGAGUGAAUCACUGGUGGUCUGUGAUGUGGAUGAAGAUCUGGUUAAAAAGCUGCGGGAGUUCCGUUUCCGGAAGGAGACCAACAAUGCAGCGAUCGUUAUGAAGAUCGACAAAGACAAGCAGCUUGUUAUUCUUGAGGAAGAACACGAGGACAUUUCUCCUGAUGAUCUGAAGGAUGAACUGCCUGAGAGACAGCCAAGAUUUAUUGUCUACAGUUAUAAGUACCAACAUGAUGAUGGACGCGUGUCUUAUCCGCUCUGCUUCAUCUUCUCCAGUCCAGUGGGUUGCAGACCAGAACAGCAGAUGAUGUACGCAGGAAGCAAAAACAAACUGGUGCAAACUGUCGAACUGACCAAGGUGUUUGAGAUCAGAAACACAGAGGACCUAACAGAGGAAUGGCUUAGAGAGAAACUUGGGUUCUUCCGCUAAGGUCAUCUCAUCCAGACGUCUGGGACGUGAGGAGGAUCCAGAUCACACAACGUGUGUUGUGUCGUCUCUUUGGGAGAACACACCACAGUUAAUGUUUCCUUUCUCUUUGUACCAGACCUGAUUUAAAUAGUGUUUGCUAAUACUUUCUGUUCUCAGUUUUAGGCUUGUUUGGUGGAGUUUUUGGCAUAUUACGGUUCAAAGUGUGCCAGAGGGUUCAGACAAUCACAUACUUUUCUGUGACUGUCAGCAUGCUUGGCACUAUCUAAACCUCACCCAUCUGUCAGCCUAAAACUGAAAUACUAUUUGACGCAGGUCUGACUUUGUCUCCCGUACAAUCUCUCCAUGUGCCAGUUACGUGUCUGUAAUGAAUUAACACUCCCAUAGCUCUUGAAGUGGACAGAAAUUGAUAGUGCUCAUCCGCCCUUCCUUAGCAGGUUCAUUCAGGAGAAUUUAAAGACAUUGUAACAACGGUUUCUGGUUCUCUAAGUAGUUUACACUCAGUGUGCUUUUUGCAACUGUAAACCUCUUAAGUUUCACCUUUUUUAUUUCUCAUAAUUUUCCAUAAGUUGAGGGAGUCUUACUUUUUAGAUAAUUUUUGGUUAUUUCUGGUGUAUCUAGGGUUAUGUAAACAUACAAUAUACUUUAUAGCAGUUACUUCCUUUUGUUGUGAAAAACAAACAUCCUGCCAGAACAUCUGAACAAUCAUAGCAUCAAUUUAGAACAAUAUAGAGUUCUGUUUUAGUUAGUUCCUCCUUCAGUAUUAAUUUAAGGGCAUUUAAAUGAUAAUUUAGGUAACAAACUCUAAUCGCUCCAGUCUACAAAGGACAAAAACACUAAGACCAUUUGACAAGUGUCACUAAGACUUAAGUAUGAUGUGUUGUACCUUCUCUUGUGCACAUGAACAAGCUGGCAGAAACCUUCUGGUGUUUAUCUUGCUGCAGAUUUGUCUCUGUUAUUCUGUCAUCAGAUCACAUCUUUGCGUCUGUGUUUAGAGAAGAAACAGUGUGAUUUUGUGGGUAAAAGUGUAUUCAGCCUUUGACCUGCAUAUUUGUUACAAUGAUAUCACACAUUAGAUAACAAUAUUUCCACUGAAACAUUCCAGACUGAACAGUUUAUACAAGAAACCUCUCUAGUCUCUAGUGACCAUGACAGUCUUGAAAACACUGCACACAGGGGCGGCAUCACCUGCCCUCUUUUUAAUCUACUGGGCUACUCUGUAUACGUGGGUUACUGUGUCUUUAUGGAGAUUGUUAGCUAUUAUUGUGCAUUAUAGCUAUUACUGUUAUUAGUGUUUCUGAAUGUUGUGCUUAAUUCUGAUGUAAAGCCACUUUGAUUGCUUUAUGGUGGUCGUAGCCUCAAGAUGCUCCAUGUUGAGGAUGAUGGCUGCGACUUCUCCAAAUGCCAGUUGUGCUUAAUAUUUAGACUUUGGUGGGUAAAAAAGACAGCAUCUGGACCAUUUUCAUUUUCCAUACAGAUCAGGGUUUGACCAAUAUAGUUUUGUGAAGGCUGAUACUGAUAUUUGUGUAUUGAAUGUGCCAGCAGCUCAUAUUUUGUGCCAAUAUCUAAUAUUAACAGCGCAGUCUGUAAGUAUUUAUAUGAGUUUCACAUUUUUUAUUGUGUUGGAUUAGAAUUAUAUCAUAUGGAGCCUGAAAUCAAACAUUGACUGAGGUUAAAAUGCCAAAUUAUAGCCUUCAGCACUUUUCAAACGCAAUGUGCUGGAAUAAAGGGUUAAAACAACAAAAAAUGUGUCACUAUUAAACACUUAUGGACUCAAUUUUGUUUUUAUUUGGCUGUAUUUGUGCCCCAAAACUACAUUUUUUCCUGCUGAAUUAUAUUCGUCUGAGGGUGGAAAAUCCUCUAAAACAGCACACUAAAACUCCAAACUAAUUCUAGUAAGGAUUAGCAGCUUUUAACAGCAGGGCGACCAGCCCUAGAUAUUCUAAAAGUACAUAAAAUGUACUUAUAAUGUACUAAUAAAAUUGUAUCGCAGGUGCUACUGUCCUGGUUUUAUGUGACUGAUGAAGGAAAAACCUCCAUCUUACCAGUGGUGGCAGUUUUCCGAUUCUUAAUAAAAGCUUAAUAUCAGCUCGGUAUAUUGGUCUGACCCUAAUAAAGAAUAAUAGAAACAAAUGAAUUCCACGUGUUCGCUCGUCAGUGUCGUCUCUUAUUGAGAAACUUUGGAAACGUUUAAGGGCGGGUUGUGGCUCAUUUAUUGCCUCAAGGCAGGAAAUCGCCACAUAAUGUAUGAUGUUGUACUGCGACAGUAAGUCUACAUACCAAUGCCUUGUCUUAAAAUUUUUGUCAUAUUUAUGUCUUUAAAAAAAUCAUGAGGCCAAAAUGAAAACAUGACUCAAAUAUUUUUUUUGUGAGAAAAACAGAGGGUGAUUGAAAAAGCUUUGUUGGGGGACUUUAAUGUAUUUUUGUUUUAAGACACUAUUUCUUUUUUGACUUUCUGAUCUGUAAUGUCCAAGAGACAUCAGCUGUCUAAGUACAAUGAUAGAAACAGUCCGACUCAAAUUAUGCACAGUCACACCUCUUCAUGUGGAUCAAUAAUUGACAGCAAAUUAAGACAAUAAUCUUUCAUGCUUUACAGGUCAGGACAGGGUUUAGUUCAACAGUCACAAUGAUAUAUAGCUAAUCAUUGGUUUUGUCAUCUACUGAUAACAUCAAAGCAACGAAAAGAAAAAAAAUUAAUCUUUGAUUGAUUCUCAUGUUCAUAAUGGUUUCUGUUCUUACUUGAACUGAGGUUGUACACAAUCCUUUAUUGGUAAAUGUAAAGUUUUAUAACCCUAAGACCUGCAAAAUCCUUUCAACUGUGGUAAAUUUUAAAAAAAAAUGCACAGUCUGAAAUCAAGUGUAUCUUUUGACAAAAUUUUUGACAAAAGCAAUACAGGCUAACUUUUAAACUUUGUAUUUCAUUUGAAAUAUGUGCAAUGUACUGAUUUCAAUGUGAAUAUAAAAACAUGUUUAGCUGUUAUCUGUUUCAAAAGGAAAUUCUUUAAACCUCUAAAAUGUGGAGAGCUACUGUAAAUGAAGAGCACGCUUUAAUGUGUGUAAUGUCUGAACAGUUUGCAUAAGCCUGACAGAAGUUUUAUAAUGACACAUUCAAGAAUUUGCUGCUCUGUUGCAUGCAUUCUUCGUAGAAUAGAGAAUAUAUCUUAAAUUAUUAAUACACUUGCACCUCAAACAUUGGUCUCAGCUGCGUUGUUACUCUAUCUGAAAUAUUUAUGUACCCAGGGUCCUUUUUUGAUUAAAGAAAACCUCUGCUGCUUAUGUUUUCAUGGAAAUGGGAUGUAAAGGACAGUACAUUGAUCAUGUGUCAAAAACAAUCUCCCCGGUAGUUUUCUUUGGUUUUGAGCCAUGCAUUUGGUUAUGUCCUGUGGAUCUGAUAGAUUUCCCUCUUAUGUGGUGAACCUGUUGUAUAUUUGGCCUCUUGAGUCUUUUUCUUAAACUGCAAAUGUGUUGUUUAGCUUUUGGUGUCCUCUGAUCAAAUGCCUACUAUUCUGUUUUCUCUCCUUUUUAAUAAAAACACACCUGGAACAUGUAUCAUAACCAGCUGCCUCAUGGCAUCAGUGAAACUUGAGAUAUUUGUAUUUUUCCCAUACUUUAUAAAGCGUCUAUUUGUCCCUAUUGUCCAAAUAAAACGUCAGUGAUGUUUA